AGUCUCUAAGGUGCCACAAGUACUCCUUUUCUUUUUGCGAAUACAGACUAACACGGCUGUUCCUCUGAAACCUAUAAAAAUAGGAAAGUAAGAUAAGCAAAAUAGCUAUUGUAGGUGCAUUAAGAUUGUUAUGCGAAACUUUACUUUUGUAUUUCCUGACUUGUGAUUGUUUAAAAUUAUAACCUUGAUAUUAUGUGAACAUAAGGGAGGUUGUUUUUGAUAGUUAAAUGCUGAGCCCACUAAGUCUAAAUAAUAAAUGUCAUUUCCUUUUUUCUUUUUUGUGUUUGUUUAAGAAUAAUGAAAAAAUAGGUUCAUUAUCUCACCUAAAUUUAGUGAAAUUAAAUUAAAUUGGGGAUAAAUCCUUAGUCUAUUUACAUAUUUAAAAAAGAAAACAACUGAAAGUCUUAUCUUUCACACAGAGAACUGCAAACAGGUAAAAAAAAAAAUGCAUGAGAAUUAAAACUACCCCCACUAAGAUUAUAAUGUAGUGAUUUUUACCAAUAAUAAGACCCACUGGAAAAAGAAAUAAUUUUAUUUAAUACCACCUGAGAAAUGUCAAAGCUCCAUUUUCAGCAAGACACUUAAGCAUUCCAUCUGCAGUCAGUGCAUACAACUCUAAUUCAGUAUGAAUUGUGGGAAAUGAGCAGUAUGCAGCCUUAACAAUGCAAAUUACCUGCAUUUCCUGAUCUCUAAAUACACCUAUCAUAGCUGAGAUGUCUCUCUACCAUUAUCAUUAUUUAUCUAACAUGCUUAACAAUCUAAGAACUCCCAAAUUGCCAAUCUCCUUCAUAUAGAAAAGCAAUGGAAUGGUUGUGUACAUUGGAGAAUUAAUUUCUACUGCAACAAUGAAACAGGAUUUUAUUUUUAAUUUUGUGGUCUGGAAUGACUUCAGUGAAAAUCAUAAUCACAUAUCAAAACAGCAACCAAUGUACCAUGCACUUCAUUUUCAACGAACAUGGACUGAGUGAAACUGCUUCUAAUUUAGUAGAAUGAAAGUCCCAAAGUUUCAAUGUAUUACAAUUUCAUUUAUACUGAAAUUCUGUUUACAGGCCCAGAUCUUUUCUCUUUUCCUCAGGAGUUCAAGAUUUGGUGGUAGUAGACUUAUUUUACCAUGACAGGUGUCCACUGUUUUAUAAGGUGCCUCAGACUAAUUACUCUAAUAAUAAACAAAAAGCAUAGUCUGUUAAAUUAACCAAAUAUUAAAAAAAUCAGCUGCUGACUGCAACUCUGAUGGUUCAUGAAUGCAGCAUUGUAAAGUAUCUUUUUUUAACCUGCAAUGCGUUUGUCACCCGGAAAUAAUGCUGCAUCAGAGAAAUAAUGUAAGGUGUGCACCUCUCUCUGUGUACCUUUGUGUCAUAGCAACUGCUAUCAAUGUAGGUAAAGAAUGAACUGGAGCUGAAUUAAUGAGACCAGAGAUUAAUUUCUGGCAGCAUACUUAACCUACAGAAACAGUCAUCUCCUGCAUGAGUGCAAGACACACGCACAACAGUUCAAAGAUGGCAUUAGCAAGUGGACAUUGGAUUAGAAAAGAGGUAAUUGGAGACUCUCCAAGCCCUAGGCAUGGACAUGCAUUGACAAUGGCAGGCAACAUAGCAUUUGUAUUUGGAGGCUGUUCCAUUUGUAAUACCUUUGAUGAUCAGCAAAUAUAUUUCAAUGACUUCUACAUGUUGACAAUUACUCUUACUGAUUUGACUUGGGAGAGGAUACCUCAUGAUGGACAUAUUCCUUGUGCCAGAGAAGGUCAUACACUUUGUGUAGUAAGAGGGAAGAUAUAUUUAUUUGGAGGGUGUUCAACCCAAGAUGCUAAAGAAUGUCUUCCAGGAGUCUACAGCUUUAACCUUAGUGAGUAGAAAUCCAGGACUUUUUCAUCACACUAGAGCCAAUACCCUCCCCAGGCGGGAUCCCUGACCUUGAAGCUGGAGAAUGCACCUCUGCUGAAAAUAUUUCUAGCCUCCCCCUAUCAUCUCCGUCGCUGAGGUUAUUGCAGAUUAGAAGGCGAAAAAAACGUCCUCACAAUGACAUGUUUUCCGAGCUCAUGCAGUCCUCCCACACUGAUAGGGCACAGCUGAAUGCAUGGAGGCAUUCAGUGUCAGAGGCGAGGAAAGCAUUAAGUGAAUGUGAAGAGCAGAGGCAGGAGCGCGAAGAGCAGAGGCAGGAGGUGAUGCUAAGGCUAAUGGGGGAGCAAACGGAUGUGAUGAAGCGUCUGGUGCAGCUGCAGGAAAGCCAACAAGAGCACAGCCCCCCCCACACAUCCAUUGUACAACCGCCUGCUCUCCUCCCCAAGUUCCAUAUCCUCCUCACUCAGAUGCCCAAGAAUGCAGGGGAGGGGGAAGGCUCCAGGCACCCAGCCACUCCACUCCAGAGGAUGGCCCAAGCAACAGAAGGCUGUCAUUCAAACAGUUUUAUUUGUAGUGUGGCUACAAUAAGCAAUGUGGCCUUAUCCUUCCCUCCUCUCCCACCCCACCUGGGCUACCUUGUCAGUUA